AUGCUCUGGUUAAAGGAGGGGGAUUUAAAUACCAAGUUUUUCCACAGGGUGGCGGUUGUAAAUCGAAGGAGAAACUUCAUAGAGUUCUUAGUUGUGGAUGGGGUGAGGAUUGAGGGAGAGGAGGAGGUAAAAUGGGCGAUACUGGGUUCUAUGAGAACUUAUACAAAGAGGAAGUUAGUUGGAGGCCGACUUUGGGGGGGAAUAGAGUUCAACCACAUUGGGAAGGGAGAUAGUGAGUGGCUGGAAAGGGCUUUCGAGGAGGAGGAGGUGCACGAGGCUAUGUCGAGUUGUGUUGGUGAUACGGCCCCCGGGCCUGAUGGUUUCUCCUUGGCCUUCUUCCAGCUCUACUCAAGAAGGUUCUUGACGUGUCUGUUUCGUCCUCCCAGUAUGCAUCUCAAGAAGGUUCUUGACGUGUCUGUUUCGUCCUCCCAGAAUGUUUUUGUGGAAGGUAGGCAGAUCCUGGAUGCUGCUUUGGUGGCAAAUGAACUUGUAGAAUUCAGAAGGAAAAAUAGAGAUCCCGACUUACUAUGCAAGUUGGACCUUGAGAAGGCUUUCGACCAUGUUAAUUUGGAGUUCCUGGAUUUCAUUAUGAUGCAGAUAGGGUUUGGGGCAAGAUGGAGGGGAUGA